AUGUCGACGCCCGCACCGACCGCUGCCGCAAGCCGCAAGGACCGCGUCUACACGCGUCCGGAAAUCGAGGCGCUGAUCGCCGACGGCCGACACAUUAUCAUUCUCGACGGCAAGGUCCUCAAAUGCGAUGCCUGGAUGAAGUACCACCCCGGCGGUGACAAGGCAAUCAAGCACAUGGUCGGAAGAGACGCCACCGAUGAGGUCACCGUUUUGCACUCUCCCGAGGCGAAGCAACGCAUGAAUGCUUUCCAAAUCGGCCGCAUCGAGGGCCGCUGGUUCAACUUCGUGCCGCCCAUCCAAGGUGGAAAAUUUCGGACCAAGGCGGAGCUUGACGCGCUGAAGCCGCAACCCGCCCACCAGGAGCCUGAAUGCGACGAUUCGAGCCAGGGAAGCUCCAAUGCUUCGCCAAUCUUUGAGCCCGCCGACCAUGACUCUGUCAGACGCCGCCGGAACGACAGCACCUUCACUCGCGCUUCUUCGCCGACCUCCGUCUCCUCCGUCGAGCUCGAAGAGCCGCGCGAGAAAUCCAAAAUGUCCUUCCUCGACAUCAAGACGCAGCAGGAAAUCUCGCUAGACCUGGACAGAUACCCGCCGCUGAAGCCGGAGGUGCAGGACGAGAUUGUCCGAAAAUACCGGGCUCUGGACGAGCGGAUCAAGGCCGAAGGUCUGUAUCAAUGCAGGUACACAUCCUACCUGAUCGAGCUCUCGCGAUACUCGCUUUUCUUCGGUCUGUUUUUCUUUUUUCUGAAGACCGGUUGGUACUGCACCAGCGCCCUCUUCCUCGGAUGCUUCUGGCACCAGCUUGUCUUUUCUGCCCAUGAUGCUGGCCACAUGGGCAUCACUCACGACUACCACACGGACUCGGUCAUCGGCAUCAUCAUCGCCGACUUCCUCGGCGGACUCAGUCUGGGCUGGUGGAAGCGCAAUCACAACGUGCACCACAUUGUUACGAAUCACACAGAACACGACCCCGAUAUCCAGCAUCUGCCUUUCUUUGCCAUCUCCCACCGUUUCUUUGAAUCUCUCACGUCCACGUAUUACGACAAGGUGCUGCAGUUUGAUGCUGCCGCACGAUUUUUCAUCAGAUUCCAGGAUAUGCUCUACUAUCCCAUCCUCUGCUUCGGCCGCUUCAACCUGUACAGGCUGAGCUGGGUGUACCUGCUCAGCAAGCAGGCGCCGAGCAGGGGCCCUGCGUGGUGGCACAGGUAUUUUGAGAUUGUCGGCCAAAUCUUCUUCUGGUACUGGUUCGGGUAUCAGGUAGUGUACAAGUCGGUCCCGAGUGGCUGGGAACGCUUCACCUUCGUCAUGAUCAGCCACAUGGUGACGAUGCCUGUGCACGUGCAGAUCACGCUGUCGCACUUCGCCAUGAGCACCGCCGACUUGGGCACUCACGAGAGCUUCCCCCAGAAAAUGCUGCGCACCACCAUGGACGUCGACUGCCCCGAGUGGCUCGACUUUUUCCACGGCGGCCUUCAGUUCCAGGCCAUUCACCAUCUCUACCCCCGUAUUCCUCGUCACAACCUGCGCCGCACCCAGCGUCUUGUCAUGGAGUUUUGCGACGAGGUGAAUAUUCCGUACGGCCUGUACGGCUUCGCCGAUGGUAACAAGAAGGUCAUCGGCCGCCUUGGUGAUGUGGCUAGGCAGGCGACAAUUUUGGCCGCGUGCCAGAAGAGCAUGGCCGAGCGUGGAGAUUAUGGCUUACAUUGA